CGGAUGCCAAGCCCAAGACUCGCACCCAGCGGCGUCGCAGCUUCCUGCCACCCGACCAGUGGCGGCUCAUCCAGCAGCGGGUCUUCAACUUCGGCACGACCGCCUGUGGCCAGCGCCUGCAGCGUCUCGAGCUGCAGCUGGUCGAAAGCGGCUGGCUGGCGGAGGAAGCCUUGGCCGAUCUGGUCAGCAACCAGCAGCUGCACACGCUCUCGCGGCAACAAAAGCAGCUGCGCCUCCAACAGAGGCUGAACGACCUGGAUCGGGACACCGUCAUAGAGGAUGCUGAGUGCGUAGAGCUGCUCUGUCUACAGCAACUGAUCGAUUAUGCUUCGGCCCUACGGACAGCCAAUGUCAAGGGGUCGCUGCUGGCCAAACUGAAGCUGGAAGAGCUGCCAGAGGAGGCCCCCUUAGCGGCCACCAUUCACAAAAAGGCAGCGCCCGGCAAGGAGUUGAAAUUGCCCCCCUCGCAGCAGUUGAUAGAGUUUCUGCAAGUGCAGCAUCACAACGAGCUGCCCAGUAAGAUUAAGUUCCGUCUCUGGCUGACGCUGCUCGCCCUCUAUCAUGAUUUGAGUCGCAGCGACCAGCAGCAGCAGGCCAUAGAUGUGCUGGAGCAACUGAUAGAUCUGAUGCACUUUGGUCAGCCGUUGCCCAUCUGCAGUCACUUUCCACAGCUGCGGGAGCUGCUCUCGUUGGUGCCCACCACCUCAGCGACUGGCUGGAAGUUCUACGAGACGCUCUUUUCUCGCUGCAUCCACCUUCACGCGGCUGGCAGCGAGGCCUUCCUCGCCAGCUGUUCGCAGUACAUCAAGGAAGCGCUGGGCGUCACCAUGAAGCUGCCCGCGGAGGGGUUACGUUUCCUGCUGCUGGCCAUUGAAACGACAGCAGCCGCCACAGGACCCCAUGCCAAGCAUAUGCAGCGACAGGUGCAGCCGCUGCUGGAGAUCUUUGGCCAGAUUGUGGCGCACAAGUUCCGGCCAACAAAGAAGAAGGAAACGUCCGACUACAAAUCGUUUGUGGAUGAAACAAUCAAAAGCUAUGGCACCUAUGUCAGCAGUUGCAUCAAUCGGGCAGACAAGCAGAAGAAGGCGGUCGCCACAGAGGACGCCCAGACAGCGACGACGGUUGAGGCGGCGCAGGACGUGCAACCCAUAGAUGAGGACUUUCGACGCAUCUGCAAGAUCUACAUUGGACACUCGCUAAACUACAAGAAUCCACAUGCCCUGAGGCUGCUUAAUGUGGCCAUCUCCCAUCGCCAGAAGCUGCAUUUUGAUCCAGACGAAGUCGAAUUCGUGCUGAGUAGCUAUUGGAAGCAGCUCUACUCAGAUAUAGCUGCCGGCGAUAUUGCGGCCCUGGAUGUCAACUGCCUGGAGCUGGCCUUCCCGCUGAUCAUUGGCUACAAGACCAAAGAGGAUCUGUUGGUCCUGCUGCGCUUGCUCACCUCGGAGGUGCAGGGUUUACCCACGCCCCUGAGCCCGAGCCACCGGACCGAACUGCAGAAUGUCCUAACCAUACUAUCCUUUAUCGCCAAAUGCUCUGUGAGCACCAUCAAGGGAGCGAUGAUCAACAAACAUUUUUAGAUUGUCAGCACCAACGUGGCCGGCCGCCUGAAGGACAAUACCCACAACAGCAAGAGCUUCGCCCU